AUGUGCAAGCACAUCCUCAACGCGCAAGUGAGCAUCCGCGCGCCCUGCUGUAAGCAGUGGUAUGACUGCAGCGAAUGCCACGCCGAAGCGCAAGACCAUGAGCUGCAAAAGACGACGGAGAUGACGUUUAUAUGCAAGAAAUGCAAGAAGGCGUUCCGAAAGGAUAUGGAGGCGUACGAAGAGAGCGACGAGUACUGCCCGCAUUGCGACAAUCAUUAUGUCAUCGACGCGAAAACGCCGCAGGCAGCACUUGCCGUUGAGAAUGAGGAUGCGCGUAUCGAUGCUCGACACAUUAAAGACGAGCGCGUUAAGCAGGAUCCCUCACGAUCUUUCUAUGGCCAGGACGCGUCUCAUCUUUUAGGAUGA